UGCGGCGCGUCUCAUUCAAGACAGGGUGUUUGUUAAGCAUCUUAUCCAAGUCGAGGGUAAUCGUUACUUUGCCCACUCCUGACAAGUUACCCUCGUUGUGGUUUUAACCCAUUUAGAUAGCCCAUAAUGCAAAAGAGUAUCCGUUCGCCUCAGCCACAACCACGCACACCAACCAGUUCGUUAAGCCGACAAUUACCGCCUUUUAUACAUCAUAUUAGGCUGUUCGGGAGGAGGCCAGUCGACUGCAAAGCUGUUGCACCGGAGGCCUUCCAGGACAUCGUCGUGGGCAGCGCAAUCAUGGGCACCGUAAGCGUAGCCGUGUACUGUGGAGUAAGAAAAGAUCCCGUUCCUUGCAGUCUUUGCAAGGGAACCGGCGGCACAAGAUGCUUUGCUUGCGGCGGAGACGGCAAAUCGUCAUCAGCUACUGCAUCUCUCGAGUCAAACGAGCUCUAUGAGGACGGGCCCUCGAAACGAACAAGCCGGUUAGGACGCAUGGCUAGUCGAGGGGCUUGCAAGGUCUGCAAGGGAAAAGGAAUGCUGCUUUGCAGCCAGUGCAAGGGCAGCGGCUUCCAGAGCGCCCCUCUCUAGUGUGUUGCUUGCCGUUUUACCGCCGCUGUGCACCACGGGGGCCGUGUACAUAUGUUAACACGCAGGCUGGCCGUCUGUUGACUGUGAGGGGACCGAGCUGGGUAGAAAGGCCUACCAACGGCGCUUUCCGUUCUAGGUGUUCUGUCCUAGGUAGGGUGAUCCGUGAGGCCCUUUCAAUGAUGGGCUAUGGCAGGAAUGAGGAGUAGGGAGCAGUAAGGAGCAAGCUGGCACAUGGUUGCCAGGCGCUAAGCCAUUACGCUGCAAAUCACGGCAAGCAGCGCCGCAAACCCUAGUUGAAUGGCCCCGAACCCCGGAACGGCCUGCGACGAUGCCCAACUGUCCAUACUGAAAAUCGUCGUU